CUGAGCAAACAAGCCAGGUGGUUCUGCAGUGAGCAGGCUGCCUGCCUUCAUAAAUUUAACUCUAGGCUGAGGAGUUACACCAUGUACCAUACAACACCAAAGUCAAAUUCCUGAUUUCAAGUGGCUGCGUCUUAAGAGUAGAGGUAGAAGAUUCAGAAUUGCAUAUUUCACUAAUGAAGGACCAGAGUACGUAGUUGGAAGUGCAUUGGACAAAAAAAACCUGUUCUGUUUUUCCUACCCUGUGCUUUUUGCUCCUUGUUUCAGUUGUUUUCCCCUUUUUGGUUGGCAUAAGGAGUUGUAGCAUGCCGACCAGUUUAUUGGGGACAAUCCCCAUUUUUUGAUACGUACUAUCUCUGGUAAAUCACCAGCCCUAUUUUGUCCAUAUUUUGUUUGUUGUUGUUUUGCCAUGUUACAUUUUGCAGUUGCUCAAGUUUCAUUGGGCCACAUAAAUCGAAGUUGAGGUGAGAUUUGAAAACACAGGGAUGUCCCGGCUCCCUGGUAAUGCUCAUUGCUACCAACAGAAUUGGUCUUCAGCUGGUGAUUCAGGAACCUCUAUGGGCUCAUGAACUGAUCUCUGGAUCAUGUUUACACCCAAGGAAGCUGGCUGUAUCAGUGAUCCCUGCGCACCUGCUGUUGAAACAAUCUUUCCGCUGUGAUUAAAGGAUUCAUAAAAAUGGAGUGCAAAUCUUUUGACGUGGAUGAAGCAGUCUGCUUGGAGGAUCAAUGUCAUAUUCUUGAGGUGACCGAACCACAAGAAGACAAUUUGGAUUUGGCAGGAAAGCGUGACUUGGGAAAUGCUGUCUUUUCAUCCUGCGAAACCCCAGCCCCAUCCAGCCCUAAUAAUAUCACCAAGAGGAGGGCCUUUAGUGACAGCCCAAAUCUACUCCAAGUUCCAUCUGUGGAGCAUGACGAUGGUGACUUCACACCUUACCAAUUUAACAGGCAUGCUCCAGGGAGGAUUUCUACUUCUCCAACUCUUAGGAGGCUAAGAAGCAGCACCUCAUCACUCACUCAGGUCUUUUCACUACAAAACAGCACUGAGAGUGCAAGGGGGCACAACCAGAUGCCACAAACUGAACCAACUCUUCUUGCUUAUCAGAGGUGUACUCUGCAUUCUCAGAGUUGCUCUUCGACCUCCAACUCUGGCAUGCACACCGAUUCACUGACACUGAAAGAAAACUCCUCAUUGGCUGACGCACUAUCAGUUCCACCACAUCCUAAAGAUUAUUGUGUUGAUGAUAACACAUUGCAGAACAUGAGGGAGAUCAGCCCUUCUUCCCUAACUAAGGGGAAACAGAAUUCUCAGGAACGUGUUCAGGAAUUACAUUUACAUAAACCUAGCAGUCUAUACAACUCAGCUGAACGCAGGCACAGCUCGGUGGUGGUGAGCUUGCCUGGAUUCGAGAUGUUCCCAGGAGACUUGCUGAUAUCAGACAGUGCAGCAGAAUUCCUUUACCAUUCAGCAUCUCUGCACAGCUCAGAAUCCAAAAAGCCCUGGUGGCCAUUUACUAAAAAAGGAACUAGUAAAGACAAACACAAACAAAUAUCAGAUCUGGAAAACUGUCUGUCCACAGUGACCCUCAGGAUACCAGACUAUAGCGAUUAUGAAUUUCAAAGUGUUAAGGGUAAAUCUUGGCAGGAAAUCAUGAAUAUGCAUCAGCUUGAGCCAAAAGCCAGUGGUGAUCCAUUAGAUACGAAGAAGGAAGAAGCCUUGUGGGAGCUUUUCACAACUGAAUGCACCUACCUUCUUGAUCAUCUCCAGGUUCUCAAAACGAUAUUUAUGGAUACAUUAAGGUACCUGCAAUGCAAGGAGUUUCUCUCGGAUGUGGACUCUGGGCUACUGUUUGCCAACCUAGAGGAGUUAAAUCAGGUGAGCCUCAGUUUUGUGACCAGUUUCUUCAGUGCUAUAAAGGAUCACCUUGUCCAGCCUAUGCCUUCCAUAGAUUUCAUCCCUGUGCUCACAAAGUAUUUCCAAGGGAACCUGUGUCAGAGUCAUGAGAUGUACUGCCUGAAUUAUACCUCUGCUAUCUUUUACUUGGAAAAACUGAAGAAAAGAGAAGAUUUUGGGAUCUAUUUGAAAUGGUGUGAACAGAACGAGCGGUGCAAACGUCUCCAUCUCGCAGAACUGCUGGUUGCCCCUUUGCACAAACUGACCCGCUACCCCCUUCUCCUGAAGAAUAUAUGGAAAAAUACAGAGGCAGCCGAGAAAUCUGUCAUUGGUACAAUUAAAGAAAAGGUGGAAAAAUCUAUAAGAGAUUUGGAAGGGAAAGUGAAAUGGCUGGAUAACUUCCAGAAAUUUAAACAGCUACAAGAAAUUAUAGUUUGGCCUUCACUUUGGGAUCAAGAAAAAAGAUUUUUUGUUCCUGAGUGUCUCAAGAACUUAUUAAGAGAAAACCCAAAUGAAAACAUCUUGUCACCAACAAAAAGAUUUCUUGUUCAUGAGGGGAGAUUAACCCUAGCAGAACAUAUGAGACUUGUUGAUGUCUACCUGUUUCUGUUUGACGAUUUGCUGUUGAUUACAAAGCCUAACCGGCACAGAAAGAAAUCUGCAGUUUCUGACCUGAGUUUAACACCUGUUGGCCCCUUUUUCACUCCCGAAUUGCAAUCUUUGCUUGAAGGUGGUGGCUAUUGCACUGUGCUUGACCAGCCUAUCCCAUUAGACAGAAUGGUAGUAAGAAAUAUUGAGUCCUUCCACAUAACAGUUUUUGGACUACGAAACGCUUUUCUAAUACAGCAUAGAAAUCGGUUUCAGCAGUGCAUAGCAGCCUUUUUACUACAAGCACAGACUGAGUCUCUCAAAAAAACAUGGGUGUCACAGAUGGAAACCGCAAUAUCAAAUUGCACAAAGAGAGAAAAUAAACCUAAAACUUCAUUUUUUAGUUUACCUGCUGAAUCAUCUGAAAUUUAAGUUGUGGUUCAUUGGGAACCACUAGACAAUGUAACAAACUUACUUUAAAAACAACAACAAGGCAUGCAAAAUGUCUGUGAACAUUUUUGGGAGCCUGGAAAGGUGAAACUCUGGAAACAAUCUUGCUAGAACAGAAUUCAGAGAAGGAAAAGAGCAACUUGGAUGCUCAUUCUUCAAACUGUAGUGCUAUGCUUAUGGCCUUUGUUCCUCUCAGGGGGGCAUUCCAUGAUAAAAACUAGAAAAUAUAUGUGAUGUGAUAUGAUAUGGAAAAGGCAAGAAAACAAGUGUCAUUAAACCAACAUCUUUAUAACUGCCUUUACAAGUUUUUCUGCAGUCAAACUGGGGUACCAGUAAUCAUGAGACCUGCUUAAAUCAGAAUAUUUUGUUUUUUGAUCAAAUACUACCAGGUUAUGAAA